GUGCCAAGCAGCGCGGCUCUGCUCAUUGCUGCGCAAACGCAUUGAUAAGCAUCGAUUUUGCACACAGCACGUCAGCGCAGCACAAUUCGAGCGCUAUCAGCAACCUUCGCACCUCCAGCAUCAAAUGCCAUACAUGCCUGCAGCAUAAAACAUGUCGCUGAGAGCGCGCACCGACGCGCUGAUUGCUGCGGUAGACAUCCGGCGGACGACGACGAUCAAGGGCGACGUGCGCGCGCUCGCCGCGGCGCUGGGCGUGCCGUUCAACGGCGUGGCGACGACGCUCGCGGCGCUCGAGGCCGAGUGCCUGGCUGCUCCCGCGCCGGCGCCGGCGCCGGCACCAGUGGCGUCCGACACGCUGAGCGCCGGCGUGGCCGCGAGCAUUCUCAAUAAAACAGUCCUGCCGGAUUCGCUCACUGACACGCAGCACACGCAAGUGAGAUUCUCCAUCGCCCGGGCACUCGCAGUCAACCUCGACGUGCCCGUGGCGCUCCUGGCCGACGACACACCAAGGCAUGCGCAGCUCCGCUGGGCGGUUCUGAGGGGGACUGCUCAGCUACAGCUAGAAGGAGAUGACAUCGACGAGGCUACGGUGGCCGCGGCGACGGCCGCGGCGACGGCAUGCGCGGCCGCGGCGCGGGACGGCGACGCCGAUGCGGCUUUUUGCGUGCGAGAGCUCGCGAAGAUCGGCGGCCCCAUCGCGAACUUCAUCGUUUCUGAGUCCGCCAAGGCGGUGCUCGAAGGCGACGAGGAGGGCGCGUUGGCGGUCAUCGCGGAUGCGGCGGACGCGUCAAACGAGGAUUCGUUAAAGAUUUCGCUGGGCGCCUGCGCGGAACUGCUCGCGCCCGGCGGCGGCGAAGUUGCCGAUCGGCGCAGAGCCGUGCUACGGGUCGUGCCGGCGUUGGCGGCGCGCGCGCCGAUCCCAGACAAGAAUCAGGAGAGCUUAAUGCGCGCAUGGCGCGCGGUCGCGGACGCGUGCACGCGCCACGCGACGGCGACAGUCGGCGCCCCCGAGCGCGGCGUCGCGCCCGCCGACGCUUUGCAGUGCUGGGCGGCGGCGUUCGAGCAUUUUUCGGCGAGCGGCGCUGCGUUUCCGUCUGCCGCUGUCGAGCGCGCGCUCGUCGAACGCGCCGACGACGACGCGCCGCUGCUGCGCCGCCGCGCGCUUGCGGUCCUCGAACUCAUUGUCGACACGGCCUCGAAACAGGGUUCCGACGAGGCCCAAAAAGAAGCGACUGGGCAGCUGCGGCGCUGGCUCACCGCGGCGUCCGCGGCCGAGUACGAGAGCGGCCACCACCUCGUCGCCGCGGCGGCCGACGCGUUCUUUGAUAUUAGAACAACGCCUGUGCUCGAGGCGAAGUGGCUCCACGCCCUCGCGCGGCGCCUGCUGCGGCACCGGAACCCCGCGGCGCGCAAGGCGUUCCUGCAGCGGCUCCUCGACCACGCGGCGCCGGCCGAGGUCGCCGACUGGCCCCUCGUCCGCGACGCCGUGCUCCCGGCGCUCGACGACAACGAGCUGCGGAAGAGCCGCGACGUGGCGCGGCGCUGCGACGCGGCGGCCGUCAACUUCGUCGCGCGCUUCUACCAAGCGGCGCCUACCGAGACGCGUGCCGCCGUCGUCGCCUACGCGCUGCGCGGCGGCGGCCGGCCCCGCGCGCGCGCGGCGCUCCUCGGGCCCUUCGAGGACGUCAAGUUCGCGGCGCUGCCGGGCCCGCGUAUACAAGACGACGACGUCGCAGCGGCGGCGGCGGCACUCGAAACCGCCGGAAACGAUGCGGCGACGCACGCGCUCGCGAUCGCCGUCGUGCCGCUCGUCUGCUGCCAGGACGCCGCGGCGGCGCCGGCGACGGCAGCCGCGUUCGCCGCCGCGUGUACGCGCGCGGUUGCCGAAGAGGAGGCCCUCGACGAGCGGCUCGCUACUUGGUUAGCGUCACGCGUGCCCGGCGCGGGCGCCAUCGACGACGCGCGGGCGGCCGCGGCCGUCGCGGCGGUGACGUUGCGACCUUCAGACGUCGAUUCCGUGUUCAAGCGCCAUCGUCUCAAAGGCCUCCGGUGGCUCGUUACCGAUGCCCGCGGCAACCGGCGGCGGUCCACGGGGGUCUGGGCCGCGGCCUCCAUGGGUAUCAGAGCCCGCGAGUGGUUAAUAGAGGCUCUGCUCUCCACCGCAAAAUCCAGAGAACUCUCAGAGGAAGAGGGUGCGGCGCUCGUUGAAGACGCAAUUGCGGUUUUGGGCGGCGUUCCGGCUCUUUGGUGUGGACGCGGCGGGUCGCAGUCGGAAACUUGGCGCGCAAGCACCAUGGCCUCCUCGGCAGCCCUCGCGGAUGAGCUGUCCGGUGGCUGUUUGUCGGAUCCAGUGCUCGGGCUCGCGUUUAUUCGCGCGGGAGUUGGCUGCCUCUCCCGCGAACAAUUGGAGGCAAUUGGCGUCCCGAAGCUCCUGAAGGCGGCGGGGGCGGCGGAGAAAGUGACAGGAGCCGAGGCGCAGGCCGCCCGGACCGAUCGCUGGCGACUGACGGCGACGCUGCUCGACGCCGGCGCGCUGGCGGCGGGCGACCUCGACCACGAGACCGUCCUCGACGCGCUGGAAGCCUGCGACGCGUCCGUCGCCGGGGUCGCGGCGGUGCUCCGCGUCGCGGUGGCGGUCAUCUCGGCCGCGCCGCCGGCCGCCGCGGCGCGCGCGGCCGACCGCGCCGCGGCGGCCUUCCUCGACUGCGCAAAGCUCGGUUCGCCGGAGCUCUGCGCCUGCGUCGCGUUCCGCGUCGUGACGCCGCUCGUCGAGCGCGCCCUGAACGACCCGAGCGCCCGAGAUCUGGGAGCGACGGCCGCGGACGUCUGCGCGCGACUCUUGGAGAAAACGGCGAAUCCCGUCGCGCGGCGGCCGGCGCUCGCGCGCGCGCUGGCGCACGCCCUGUGCGCCGGGGCGCGGAACGCCGCGUGCGACGACGCCCAGGCCGCCGUCUUCGGGCCGCUGGCGGCGGCGCUCUGUCUGGACCGGGACGACGAGGCCGCCGACGCGCCCGCAGCCGUCCCCGAUAAGGGCACGGCGCCGGAUCCCACGUCGCCGGAGCGGACCUGCUUCGACCUCUGCGCGAAGGACCACGUCGGGCCGUCGCUCGCGCGGCUCACGACGCUCGCGUUCCUCGAGGGUGACGACGCGCCGCGGGCGCUGCGCCGGGCCGCGGCGUCGGCGUUAUUAGAUCUGGAACCGGCGCUGCGCGCGGAGAGCGGCGACGCGGCGUGCGCGCGGUCCGCGGCCUGGGAUCGGCGACUGAAGCUGUGGCAGGCGCUCGGGCUCCUGCUCGUGCGCGGCGAUCUCGACGAGCCGGACUCGGCGCUCGCGCGGCGCGUCGCUGAUAUUUCGGCGCUGGCGCUGUCGUCGCCGACGGCGCUCGAGGUGCGCUACGCGUGCGAGGCGGCGUCGGCCGCGGCGUGCCGCUGCUGGCCUGUUGUGGUUGACGCGUUGCUCGACCGCGUCGGGGCCGUGCGGGACGGCGACGUCGUGCCGCUCGCCAAGGCCUCGGAGGUCGAGCGUGCCGGCGGCCGCGAGAUCGCCCUCGGGUCGCUGAUGGCCGUGGCCGGCGCGGCGCUCAUCGACGGCGCCGAUGACUCGAUUGCGGACGCGGCGCGCGCGCGGCGGCUCCUGAGCUUGGCCUGCGGCCUUGUGGGCUCGCCGCGGGGACUGGUUCGCGGCGUCGCCGUGCUCCUGAGCAAGCGCCUCUUCCGCGAGUUCCCGCCCUCGGAAACGGACGUCACGGGCCGGGCCCUCGCGCACGCGCUCGAGCGCGACCCGGACGUCGCGCGCCUCGUCAAGCGCCAGGGCCGCUUCUUCCACGACCUCCGCUCGGCGGACAAGUGUUCAUUGAUCCACUCCGCGGAAGCUUCAUUGGUCGCGGGCCUCAAGAGCGAUCUGGAUUUGAUGGCCGUCGAGAGAAAUAGGCUUGAGGCGGCGUCGGACCUAGGAAGUUACGCCUGGAAGCGGGCCGCGGCCGAGGUGUCGAAGAAGGACCUGGCGACCGUCGCUUCGACCCACACGAAGUCGGUCGCGUUCGUGCAGCGCAAGGUCGACCGCGUGCGCGAGGCGCGCCUGGCGGCGUUGCAGAGCGAGGACGAUGCGGCAAAGGAGAUCAACGGGCGCAAGCGCAACGCCGUGGGCAAGGAGACGCUGCCUCUUAUUGUUUGUGCGUCAUUGGUCGACAAGGCGCCGAAUCUCGCGGGACUGGCGCGGACCUGCGAGGUCUUCGCCUGCGAGCAACUCGUCGUCGCCGACGCCGCCAUCACGUCCAAAAAAGAGUUCCAGCAGAUCGCCGCGACGGCCGAGAAGUGGAUCCCCAUCGCCGGCGUGCCACCGGCGGAGCUCCGCGGUUGGCUCGAGCAGCGGCGGGGCGACGGCUAUUCGGUGGUCGCGCUGGAGCAGGCGACGGGCUCGUCGGACCUGGCGGCGCGGGAUCUGAGCCUGCCGACGCCGGCCGUGCUCUUGCUGGGCGCGGAAGGUGAGGGCGUGCCGAACGCGCUCUUCGACCUGGUCGACUGUUGCGUGGAGAUCCCGCAGCUCGGCGUCGUGCGUUCGUUGAACGUGCACGUUUCUGGGGCGAUUGCGGUGUGGAUGUUCGCGCGGCAGGUGUUGUUAAGAGCGGCGGGGCCGUCAGGCCGCGAUGCGGAAGUGGCCGCGCUCAAGGCCGAUUUGAAUGCUCUCCAGGAGAAGUUCCAGGAGAAAGUGCGGCAUCUCCGUGAUGAGGAGAUGCCGCAAUUGAUUGAGAAGAAGAUCGCGACAGAGGUAAAAAAAUUGGAGGCGAGAUCCGCCGAGGCGGCCGCCCCGGCGCCUGCGCCCUUUUCACUCGAACUGGAUAUUGGUACUCCCGAGCAGAAGGCCAGGAGAAAGGCCAUUUUGAAGGCCGAACGCGAGAGGUUCGUUGCCGAAAACGGGCGAGAACCCACUUCCCUCGAGGACAUGUUCAAGUUCAUUGAACAGGUAAAGCAGCGGCGCAAGCCGCCCCGAGGCGGGGAACCUUGA